AUGCGCGCUAAUUUCUUCAAGAGUAAAUCAAUAAACAAGUUUUUUUCGAUUGCAGGGUCCCAUGAGCUCUUCACGUCCAUCGAAGAUAUUUCCGACGAUAACAUUCUCCGGUUAUGUUCAACGAAAGAUAUCUCCUGGAUCGAUCAAAGAUAUCCGAGCAAGCCUUUGCUCUCCUAUCGGCAUGAUCGAGAGUUUGAUCGCUGUUUGGAAACGUGGACAAUCAGUCUUGACACUCCACUUACGUUUCUCAGCUCACGAAAAAACGGGUUAGUCUCUGUCUACGAUGCUGGUUGUUCCGAUGAUGGGCUAUUUCGAAUGGCGUCCCCGCCUUACUCUCUGGUACCUGGAUCGGGAAACUGGGGUCGUUACGCCGGACAAACCUUUCUUCAACAGCCACUGACCAACGCGACCAAGACAUCGUUGAGCUUAGUAAGACUGUCUGAAAGGGGGUCCGUACAAUGCUAUGAUCUCUUUUCCGAUCACCAUAAAGAAAGCCCAGUCAGCGUUCUGCCCUCAGGCGACCUUCAGGCAAAUUUCUCCGACUUUUCGAAGCUUCCUCCUGAUCCUGGUCCACUGGGUGUCCAGGAAUUAUCGGGCCCAGGUUUGUUCCAACUGUUGUCCAAUGAUGUUGAGCUUGACGAAGAAGAACAACAUGGUGCUGCUUCUGCGCUGAUGGAGCGUCUUCCCUCGUAUUGGGAAAAGGAAGACGUCCCUUUUGAGACCAUGCUGACGACGUAUGACAUUGCCUUUCGAACUAGCGUGGAGCCCGGGCAGGCUUCUAGAGCAGAUUUUCUCGCUGGUUGUGUCCUGAAUUCUAGGCAAGGUUACCGCGCUUUCACUGAAGGACGAUUGCCGAUGGUAUCACUCGAGUCCGGGGCUUUGUGGCAUCACAACAUCGCUCCCACUCUGACUUGUCUUGAUGGGACGUUGGUAUCAAACAUUGGGGAGCUCGAAGAACUUUUGCACCAGUACGAUCUAGCAGACGGCACCGACCGAUCUUCUACUUCGGUGAGGCUGGAAUCUACUGCUCGAGAACAGCUUGUAUUGGAUAUGGCACUCUCUUGCGACGUCUUUUCAAGCCAGUCAUUUUCCAAAUCGCAGGACGCCGGACAAGCACUUGAGGUGAUGACAGAAGCCCUUUCCCUUGAGGAUGAACCUCCCCCUGUCAGCUUCGGAUACUUGCGCCCUGUGCAGAAAGAGCCUGUUGAAGAUGGCCCAGAAGACUUCACCUCGCCUCUUGGCGUUCGCCUGCUCUUAAAAGAUUGGGACAUUGGCAGUGAUCCAGAAAAAUACGUUUAUCUGGACGUCUAUGAUGGGAGCACUAAUUCGCAACCAGUUCGUCGUAUGACACACACACAGCCAACCGAAAUCUCAGCUACACCUCAAGUAUCUCAAGUUCCCCCGCAGAUCCUACCAUCUACUUCUGCCUUCCUACCUCGGAACACCGUCGGCUUUGGUUCACAGCAGAACCUUGCCAGUGGUGUACCGACCUGGUCACAGGAGCUGGUGGCAAGCACCCAGGUACUUCCAGGAGCGUAUGGUGGUCGGCCUGGUAAAAAGAAAGGGGGUAAGAAGAGAGUAGGGGGAUUCUGA